AUGUACAGCUUUAUUGUUGAAUGGGCUGCUAGCAAGGAUCACUUGAUUGCAGACGCUCUGAGUCGAUCUCCAUUCUUCCCACCCAAUGAGUCAGUCGAGACGGCAAUCAAGAGAAAUGACGCCCACAAUCCGGCUGUGGCUGUCAUUUUCAAUAAUAUUGAUGAGGAGUAUCGCAAUCUGGGGGAUUGUGCAGCUAGAGGAACCCUUGAUGACCCUGCUCUCGCGCAUUUCCAUCAGGGAUUUGGCGAGAUCAGCAUGGAGGAGGGCAUAGUUCGCAAGGGCAAUUGCCUGUUCAUUUCCCGCACCGCCGGCCGGGCCAUUGUGGAUCUUCUCCAUUUGUCCUAUUCAGGCGUCGUCAAAACGACCGAACACGCAAGACAACUAUUUUUCUGGCCAGGCAUGGCGAAUGACAUUUGCCAGCGGAUUGCAGUAUGCGAGGCUUGUCUCAAAGCUCUUCCGGCCCAGCCCCACGAACCCAUCCAAACCACCACUGCUAUGUCACCAAUGGAGCGGGUUGGAGUUGACAUCUUUGAGCUGGGUGGAUUAUUUUUCCUCAUCAUGGUUGACUGCUACAGCAGGUUUCUCUUUGUUGCCCGUUUGACCUCAACAACCAGAACAACCGUUUGCAACACUCUGAUGAAUUGGUUCAGCAAUGUGGGACUCCCCAAGCACUUGAAAUUGGAUAACGGACCUCAAUUUCGGGGCCCGUUUACGGCCUUCUGUGAGGAGCUUGGAAUCAUACAUGAGACCUCUUCACCCUACAACCCGCGAAGUAAUGGCCUGGCUGAGGAAGCCAUUAAAAACAUGAAAUCUCUUCUGAAGAAAUCGGGCGCAUCAAUCACAAGUAGGACGUUCCAGGAGAGUUUGUUGGCUUGGCGUGUCACUCCGCGUGCUGAUGGCUUCAGCCCGGCGUUCGUUUUUUUGGCCGACAUUUACGCACGCGGCUACCUGAUGGCNGAUGGCUUCAGCCCGGCGUUCGUUUUUUUGGCCGACAUUUACGCACGCGGCUACCUGAUGGCCGCUCCAAUGUGCCCGCAAAUGAUGAAUUCCGCAGAGCCCGCCUGGCGGCCCGUAUGGUUGCUGCACGCGCUGCUGGAGGCCAUGUUCUACCCCCCUCAUUGUUGGGGACCAGGUUCUCCUUCAGGACGCCAUCUUGGGUACUUGGCAUACUGGGGCUGUUAUCAUAGAAAUCUGUAA